AUGCGUUUAGGAGGAGAAUCUGAACCCACUCGUCAACAUUAUUGGAGUCAAAUGGGUGAACAAAAUCGGUAUAAUGCAGUCGGUGUAAAUGAUGAAGAAGCAUAUUUGGACAGCGGGUUUUCACGAAGCGAUUGGAAUCCGAAAAUUACAGUUGGGCAAAUUUUCUCUAGUAAGAAUGCAUUGUUGACGGAGUUACGGUUGACGGCAUUAAGAGGCCACUUUGAAUUUAAGGUGCAAUUCUCUUGCACUAAGAGGUUGCUUGUGGUUCAAGCAACCGCAGCACUUGUAGCCACUUCACUUAAAAGGAAGUUGAAGGAUUGUCGGACAAUAUACACACCAAGUGACAUUAUGAGAGAUGUGAAACACAACUUUGGUUGCACCAUCCAUUAUUCGAAAGCUUGGAAAGCAAGGGAGUUAGCUCUAUUGUCCAUUAGAGGAUCAGCGGAGGAGGCAUAUUAUAUCCUUCCAGCUUAUUGCUAUGAAUUGGAGCGUAUGAAUCCCGGCACAAAAACACACAUCCGAACUGAUGAGAACAAUCACUUUGUGUAUUUAUUUAUGGCGGUUGGCGCAUAUAUUAGAGGGUUCUGUUCUUCCAUGCGCCCAGUGAUAGCCGUGGAUGCCACUCAUUUAAAAUCCAAGUACAAGGGUGUUAUGUUUGUAGCAAAUGCAUUCGAUGGUAAUCGAAAUAUAUAUCCUCUUGCUUUUGGGAUCGGGGAUUUGGAGACGGAUGCAUCAUGGCAUUGGUUUUUCACUAAACUUCAUGAAGCCAUUGGUGAGUGUCCCAAUCUUGUUAUUAUUUCUGAUCGCAAUGUUAGCAUAGAGAAUGUGUGGAACAAAAUUUUUCCAACUGCACAACAUGGCAUAUGCUUUUAUCAUAUGAAGGGGAACAUGAAACGCACUUGCAAGUUGAAAAAGCGUGAUCACAUACUUAUGCACUUUGAGAAGGCUGCGAAAUCUUAUUCCAUUGCUGAAUUUGAUUGUCAUUUUUGCAAGAUAAAGCGAAAGGAACAUGUUGCUCAAUAUCUUGAAGACGCAAGGUUACAUAAGUGGUCUAGAGCUCACAUGGAUGGACGCCGCUACAAUUUGGCUUUGAAUUGCACAACAACAUUGUGCCCCAAUUUUGGAGAGAAGAAGUUGAGGAACAGGUUGGAGGAUGCGGCAAGGAUGAAUGUGGUUAAAGUUAAUAAUGCACAGUAUAAUGUUUUGGACGGUGAUAUGGACGGCCUCGUAGAUUUGACGAACAACAGUUGUAGUUGUAGAAAGUUUCAGCUUGAGCAGCUACCUUGCAAGCAUGUAGUUGCAGUUUGCCGCUUCUUGAAAGUAAGUGUAUACGCAAAGGCUUCUCGGUAUUACACUCGGAAAACCUGGAUGGAUGCUUAUUCGGAUAGCAUCUACCCGGUACAACCUCACGGAAUGUGGGAUACUCCUGAAGAUGUUCGAAGUCGAGUUGUGCUGCCUCCCAUGGCAAGGGUCAUGCCAGGCAGACGAAAGAAGUUAAGAAUUCCCUCGCAAGGAGAGGGCACCAUUAGAAGAAAGUGCUCAAGGUGCGGUUUCGCAGGGCACAAUAAAAGCACCUGUAAAAACAAUAUUCCAUUGCGCAAUGUAUCUUAG